CCACGCUGGAGGGACUGGCGUGCGCAUGCGCGCACUCCGCCGCGGAACCCGUAGCUUCCGGUCGGGGCGCGUCCGGACCAGCGUCAUGAGGUGGACUUCGUGCGCGCUGUCCGCCGUCCGGGCCGCAUGGCGGGAGAGCGCUGCCCCGCGCGGCCAGGACGUGGCGCGCUGGUUCCCCGGCCACAUGGCCAAGGGCCUGAAGAAGAUGCAGAGCACCCUGAAGCAGGUGGACUGCAUCAUUGAGGUCCGCGAUGCUCGGAUAUCCUCACUGGGCCUGCGGUCAGCCUGGGUUGUUGGCGGUGAAGCACGUUGGGGCCCUGAGACGCUUGGGCUUAAGCCUCAUCUGCUGGUCCUCAACAAGAUGGACUUGGCAGAUCUGACGGAGCAGCAGAAAAUUACACAGCUGUUGGAGGAGGGAGAAGGCCUGAGGCACGUUGUGUUCACCAAUUGUGUGAAGGACCAGAAUGUCCAGCAGAUCAUCCCGAUGGUCUCGGAGUUGAUCAGGAACAGCUGCCGCUACCACCGAGAAGAGAAUCUGGACUACUGUGUCAUGGUGGUCGGAAUCCCCAAUGUGGGCAAAUCCUCCCUCAUCAACUCUCUUCGGAGGCAGCACCUCAGGAAAGGGAAGGCCACCAGGGUGGGUGGUGAGCCGGGAAUCACCAGAGCUGUGACGUCCAGAAUUCAGGUGUGUGAGCGGCCACCGGUGUUUCUGCUGGAUACCCCUGGGGUGUUGGCUCCUCGGAUUGCGAGCGUGGAGACGGGCUUGAAACUGGCUCUUUGUGGAACCCUGCUGGACCACUUGGUCGGGGAGGAGACCAUGGCUGACUUUCUCCUUCACACCCUCAACACGCACCAGCUCCUGGGGUAUGUGCAACAUUAUGGCCUAGGCAGUGCCUGCUGUGACAUUGAGCAGCUGCUAAAGCAUGUGGCGGUAAAGCUGGGGAAGACACGGAAGGUGAAGAUGCUCACAGGCACAGGUAAUUUGAACGUCAUCCAGCCGGACUAUCCUGCGGCAGCCCGCCACUUCCUCCAAACCUUCCGCAGCGGCCUGCUGGGUCCUGUGAUGCUGGACCGUGACGUCCUGCAUGGCCAAGCCCCCACUGAGGCAGAGCUGUGACACUGCCGGAGGCCCCGUCUGUUGACUGUCGCCACCUGUGCUGCUCCUUAGGGGUGGGCUGGUGGGAGCAUGGUGAAUGCCUGGGUCGCUGCUCCCUGCACAGCUGUGAUGGUGGGGAUGGGGCCUGCAGCAGUCAGUUCUGUGGCCAGCAUAGCAUUUAUUUCAUACUUGAGGUUCAUUAAAGUGUACACAGCA